ACCUUCGUUCUCUCGCCAUGAACUGAGCAAAUCGUCAUGGAUUUACCCAAGAAACUCGAUCUUUCAUGGAUUCCUGCAGGGAUGGAUCGUAGCUCGGCUUGUCGAGUUGUGAUUCAGGUUCCUGCGUAUGUGGAGCAACCUGUUGAAGAGUACCAUGUCACUAGCAAAAACAGCAUUAUUGUAGACAAGGACACUACAAAUUGGAUUGAUUUCUCGGCUGAGCUAGAUGCAAUGGUCAAGCAUGGUGAGCAGCAGGAGUUGCAUGUAUCAUUCUUGGACAAAACUUGCAAUGAAUAUAAAAACACCCCAACAUCAAGUACCUUCACUGGACCAUCAAGAAAUGGGCUUGACAACUAGCUCUGGAAGUCCUCUUACAAGGGCGAGGAAGGCACUCCUACUAGCCACAAACCAUCAAGAAAUGGGCUUGACAACUAGCCCUGGAUCUCCUCUAACUAGGGCGAAGAAGGCACUGCUGUUGGGCAAACAAAAUUGAAGUGCAUGUGCUGUUUACUUUUUCCUUUUGAUUAUGGCUGAACUUGUAUGGCUCAACUUGUAUGGCUUAUCAUGUAUGGCUUUAGAGCCUUAUUAUGGCUGCUAGCAUGCAUGGACUUUUAGCCUUGCAAUGCCUCCUAAAUGUAUCAAUAUUAGCCCUUUAAUGGCUCUGAA